CGCGUGUCACGUCAAUACAUUGCGCGUUACGUCACGGGCGCACCAGGCCAGCCUCACUUUCCCGCGACGCGUGGUUUCCAUGACAACGGAGUCGCUUUAAAGAAGGAAAGCCAUCUCUAGAAAGAGCCCACGCCUGCUGACAAUGACAGGGAAAACCGCGCAAGACAAAGGCGCGAAAGGAGGGAAGGGAAAGAAAGACGGCGCGGCCGCGGGAAAGAGCAGAGUAGACCCGAAGUCCUUGAAGGAGGAGUCGGAGGCCGAAAGGGCGAAAGCCGCAGCGACGCUAUGGGAGGCCAGGUUGGAGGUAACGGAGAUCUCCCGCAAAGAGUACCGCGAGGCUGCUCGCCGCCUAGCCCGGGACAACGAACAGCUGGAACGGCAGCAGCGGCGGCUGGAGAAAGAUACGGUCGACGUGCUGUCCUACCUCAAGAAGCAAGAAGCGGAGAAGGAAGACCUGAUUGAGAAGCUGAAACAGCAGGUGACUGAAUUGAAGCUCAGAGCCAAAGAAGAAAGUGAACUAGCGGCAGAACAAUUCGCUAAACAGUUAGAAGAGUUGGAGGAGAAAUUUCAUCGAAAGGCUAAGGAAAUUGGUCUAAUUCAGAUUGAACUUAAAAUGAUUAAAGAAUUUCGGAAAAAGAAAACACUUUUGGAGAAAGAAUUAGAAGAUCUGAAAGAUACUUUGGAUACCACAAAAAAAGAACAUCAGGAAACUAUUAGUAUGUUGGAGAAAAAGUUCAUUGAAGAAAAGCAACGUCUGGAAAGAGAAGCAGAGAAGAAGAUUAUAAUGCUGGCUGAAAGAGCCCAUCAUGAAGCCAUUGCGCAGUUGGAUAAUGCUGGACGAGCAGUUUUUACAGAGAAUGUUCGUCUUCAAGAGGCUCUUGGUUAUCACAUGAAGGAGACAGAAGAGUUACAAAAUAUCAAGGAAAAAUUGGAGGAGAGCAAUGCCUUUCACUUGCAUGAAAAGGAAACCAAAGACCUUUUGAUUAAGGAGAAGGUUCUACAAAUUACUCAGCAGAAAGCACUAAUCCAGGAACUUCAAAACAAGGUUAAAAAACUAGAAGAAGCAGUUAAUUAUAUGGCUGGAGAAUUUAAAAUAGAAAUAAAAAAAACAGAAGAGAAAGCUUUGGUACAGAACCAAGCAGCUCGGAUAGAAAUUGAAAAGCUGGAGCAGCUGUUGGAAAUGAAAGAAAGAGAAAUGAGUAGAGUGAAGAAAUUAGCCAGGAACAUCUUGAAUGAAAGGACAGAAGUGGAGAAAUUCUUCUUAGAUGCUCUGGAGCAAGUCAAACAAGAGAUUAUAAGCAGCAGAAAGUGUUACAAGCAGGUGGCCCAAGCCGCCUAUCAAAGGAAAAUGAUGGCAGCAUUUGCAGGGAAAGAGGAAUAUCCCAGAAUCAGAACAUUUACUGACAGUGCACAUAGCACAAAUAGUGUGCAAAUGGACCUUUUGGAAGCAGAGAAAUGGACAAAUAUUCAGAAGGGGAAGGUGGACAUUUCUGAACUGACCUGGGAGCAGAAGGAAAGAGUAUUGAGGUUACUGUUUGCAAAAAUGAAUGGCUUAAGACACCGGAAAUACAGUCAAGUUUUGGUUCCAGUAACACCAUCCAAUUUUAAUUUUGCAGAAACAAAGGCAUCUGAAGGUGAUGCAGUUCCUGUCUAUGCUUUCAUCACUCAGCAGGCACCAUUAUCUGAAUCAUCUCAUAAAUCAUCACCCCUCCCAGAUAUUCAGCUUAUACCACCUGAAUAGAUUAGUAUGGAAGCUAAUCACAAACUCACUGAAAUUAUAACUCUUUUCUCAACAUUUAAUCACCUCAGAUGUGUAAGAUUACUCAUGCUGCAGCAAUGAAAUCACUGUUUUUGCGUGUUAUGAUUUGGCUUUACAUCAGGUCAACUUGAAAGAUAACAUAAUUGCUUCUUUAAAGAAAUAACUAAUAGCUUUCUUCAAAAAGUAGCCGCCUAUACAUUAAUUCAUUAGUUUAAGAAGUUUUUUGAAGGGUUGUGUAUUCUUGAAUAAAAUUGAUUAAAAUAUGUUCACAAGUAUUUUAAAAGCAUAUUUUUGUGAAAAAGUAAUGAAAAUUCUGGUAAGGAAAUAUCUCUGAAAGAAUUAUCCAGUGGGUCAGGAGUUGUCUAAUAUGAGAUACAGAUGAACAAAUAUAGAUUUUUUUUCAGGUUUAUAUACUGUAUCUUUCUCACACAUAUGAAUAUCUGGAGGUCAAAUACCAGUGGCAGAGUCUGGCAAUUUUGGUGUUUCUUAAAGGCAGCUUUUAUUUUCAUCUAAGUCUUUUACUUGCUUUUGAUAUUUUCAACCAGCAUGGCCAAUGGUUAGCACUGAUUAAUCCAAAACAUUUACAAACCCACUGAUUGUUAUCCUUUAAUGGAGGCAUCAUGUUCAAAUAAUAACCAGUGUUUA